CGGUGGUUCCCAUAUCCCCGACAUGUUUGAGGUUCCUCCUCCCCCCCAAGGAUCGCCUCCUUCCGGCGGUGAAGAUUAUGGACCCAAACUUCCAGGGUCUUGUCCUCGCCGUCCUCAACCUUAUAGACUUGGUCAAGGUUGAGGAACGUGGUAAUGAGAUUGACCGCAUUGAGGUGAGCCUCACAUCUUUCAUCGACGUUGAAAAGUUCAAGUGUUCGACUCUCACCGAGGAGAAGGACGUGGCCAUGACAAAAUUGGCGAGCCUCCAGGAGGAACUGGACCGGUUAAAGGUUCAGGCCGAAGAGGCUACCAAACGCGCGGAGGGUAUCGAGAAACAGGUGGCCGAGGCCAAGGAAAAGUAUCUCGCCGAGAGGAAGAUCGAAGGCUACGAGAGGGGGAAGAGAGUAGCCGAGCUCGCGGCGGUUGAGAAUACCUGAAACUCAGAAGAAUUCGCCGCCAAGCGCGAAGAAAUAGUCGAUGAGUUCAUGCUUUCUGAGGAGCUUACUAAAAUCCAAACCAAUGAUCUUCAGUCUGCCGGGGCACAAAUAAUGGAGCAGAUCAAACAGCAUCACCCCCUGAGUGGGACUUGAGCUUCCUGUAUGCUCCUCCUCCUCCUGUUGACGGCGAUGGUUCUUCUCAGCUUGGCAACGGAGAUGGUUUAGCUGGUGGCGGCGAGGAUUGAGAGCCUUCUCCUUGUAUAUAUUUGUGUUUUUGUUUUUGUUUUUUUUUUGAGACAAUGGGUUCU